GGCGGGGGUGCGCCCAAGAGUGCCCCGGCGUGUUCGCUUAGUUCAGUGAAUCAGAACAAUGACUGCGCCGCCCGGUCCUCAGGAGCGCGUCCGAGGUCUGUGAGCAGCCCCCCGCCGCCAGGAGAGCGGCGGGCGGCGCAGUCUGGUCGGCGCGGUGUCAACGCCGGACUCCAGAGCCUGCAGCGCAGACCCUGCCCAGAGCCCGCAGCCCGCGCGGAGCCGCCGGGCUCCAGCGCUGCAGCCGCUACUCGGGAGCUGUGCAUUGUUGUGAGCGGGAGAAGGGGCGCCGGGAUUACAAAGCCUGAAGACCCCGGAGCCCCGCUUUAGCCAUGUGGAUACCUACGGAGCACGAGAAAUACGGCGUGGUUAUUGCCAGUUUUCGAGGAACCGUUCCAUAUGGCCUAUCACUGGAAAUUGGAGAUACAGUUCAGAUCCUGGAGAAGUGUGAUGGCUGGUACAGAGGAUUUGCCUUAAAAAACCCAAAUAUCAAGGGUAUAUUUCCUUCCAGCUAUGUUCACUUGAAAAAUGCCUGUGUAAAGAACAAAGGACAAUUUGAAAUGGUUAUUCCUACUGAAGAUUCUGUUAUCACAGAAAUGACAUCAACUUUAAGAGACUGGGGAACAAUGUGGAAACAACUCUAUGUGAGAAACGAAGGCGAUCUCUUCCACCGGCUGUGGCACAUCAUGAAUGAAAUCCUGGAUCUGCGGCGGCAGGUGUUGGUGGGUCAUCUUACCCAUGACCGGAUGAAGGACGUGAAACGCCACAUUACUGCCCGCCUGGACUGGGGCAACGAACAGCUGGGUCUGGAUCUGGUGCCUAGGAAGGAAUAUGCCAUGGUGGAUCCAGAGGACAUCAGCAUUACUGAGCUCUACCGAUUGAUGGAACAUCGACAUCGGAAGAAAGACACCCCAGUGCAGGCUAGCAGUCACCACCUCUUUGUCCAGAUGAAGAGCCUCAUGUGUUCCAACCUGGGAGAGGAGCUGGAGGUGAUCUUCUCCCUCUUUGACAGUAAAGAGAAUCGGCCCAUCAGUGAGAGAUUUUUCUUGAGGCUGAAUAGAAAUGGGCUUCCCAAAGCUCCAGAUAAGCCAGAGCGACAUUGCUCUCUCUUUGUGGAUUUGGGUAGCAGCGAACUGAGAAAGGACAUCUACAUCACUGUGCACAUUAUCCGAAUAGGUCGAAUGGGAGCAGGAGAAAAAAAGAAUGCCUGUAGUGUCCAGUACCGAAGACCCUUCGGCUGUGCAGUUCUCAGCAUCGCCGACCUUCUUACUGGAGAGACGAAGGAUGACCUGGUCUUGAAAGUGUACAUGUGUAACACAGAGAGUGAAUGGUACCAAAUCCACGAGAAUAUCAUCAAGAAGCUGAAUGCACGUUAUAACCUGACAGGCUCCAAUGCAGCCCUACAGCUAUUACAUGGAGACAUUGAACAGAUCAGAAGAGAAUACUCAUCAGUUUUUUCUCAUGGAGUAUCUAUAACAAGGAAGUUGGGCUUUUCUAACAUUAUUAUGCCUGGAUUUUAUCUCCUUUGGCUCUGGAGAGCCACCAGCUAGCGAGUACCAUUCAUUCGUGCUCUAUCAUAACAACAGUCCCAGGUGGUCCGAACUGCUGAAACUUCCUAUUCCUGUGGAUAAAUUCAGGGGUGCACACAUCCGCUUUGAGUUUCGGCAUUGUUCCACAAAGGAGAAAGGAGAGAAGAAGUUGUUUGGCUUCUCUUUUGUCCCCCUGAUGCAGGAAGAUGGAAGGACUCUUCCAGAUGGUACCCAUGAGCUCAUCGUGCAUAAGUGUGAAGAAAACACAAACCUUCAGGAUACUACUCGCUACCUCAAGCUUCCCUUUUCAAAGGGCAUUUUCCUUGGGAAUAAUAAUCAAGCCAUGAAGGCCACAAAGGAAUCCUUUUGGAUCACAUCUUUUCUCUGUUCUACAAAACUCACACAAAAUGCAUUUGUCGAAGAAAAUAUAUUUCUUCUUUCGAACAUCAUAUCAGAAAAGCAAAAUGUAGCACUACAAUAG